AUGUGCUGGCAUAGCGCAAGCAUCGAAGGAGGUCGACCUGUCGGCGAAUUCCUUUCGCCUCUCGCCUCUCGCCUCUCGCCGCCGACACCCCCAGAGGCAUCGGCCAAGGGGUGUCAGCAGCGGGCUGUGGUGUGGCGCUUCCUGGCCAAUCCGCGCUGCCUGACCUCCUGCACUCCUGCAGCAUCGAUGCCCAACCCCGGCGGAAAUACAAUGGCAGCUGCCCAUCCAUCUCUUGGGCUCUUGGCCCUGUGCGCAAGCCACGUGCCGCCUCCUGCUGCCGUCUGGCCGAAGAAGAAGAGAAGAAGGCAGGUCACCAUGGAGGCCCUAGCUGCCCUGAGCAUGGCCUGCAACGUCUUCCAGGUCCUCUCGUUUGCCCACGAGACCUUCGUCCUGGUCAGGACCAUCCGCCAAAACGGCACGCCGGACCCGAACCUGGCCGACCGCGCAGACCAGCUCGCGAAGCUGACCGCGCAGCUGGACAGCGCCCUGCAGCACGCGUCGCCUGUCCUGCAGCACACCGGCGCCCCCGCUCUCCUCGGCCUAGCCCACAAAUGCAGCACGGCCUCGGGCGAGGUCCAGGCAGAGCUGCGCACCAUCGCCAGCAGCCGCGCUGGCACCGUCUGCAAGCUGGUCAAGACCCUCGCUCGGCGAGGCAAGCUUGGGCGUCUCGAGAAGAAAAUGCACCAGCACCAGCAGGCCCUGCUCUCCCGGCUGCUGGCCGAUGUGUGGAACAGGCAAGAGGCCGCAGCAGUCCAGCUGCAGAAUGGCUUCACUAGCCUUAAUGCCGACAUCAAAGACUUCAUCCAGAAAUUCGAGCAGGGGCAGAUCUCCACUGGCCAGCUCCUUGACGCGGGGAAUGUCGGCAUGCUGGCCUCCCUGACAGCCAAUGUGGACACCGUCCGACAGUUGAUCGACUCUGGAAAGGCCGAGAUCCAAGGCCACAUCACUGCUGCCGCUCAGACGAUCCAGGUCGCGCGGGCGGAUGAAGAGCGCCUGAACAAACUCCGCAACAGCUUGCGAUAUGGCGACAUCAACUCUCGACGGACCCAGAUUGAAAAGUCACAGGCAGACACCUUCAGCUGGGUCUUUGAGCCGGAUAAAUCGGGAAAGUACCACCCCUUCCGAGACUGGCUUCUCUCAGAAAAGGGCCUGUUCUGGGUCAAUGGAAAGCCAGGCUCCGGAAAGAGCUGCUUCAUGAAGUUUCUUGCCCAGGACAAUCGCACGGCGGAACUGCUCCCCGGUCACGCUAUCUACUCUUACUUCAUCUGGAACUCGGGAAGUCUGAUGCAGCGAAACCGCCGUGGAAUGUUUUGCUCUCUCCUCCAUCAAAUGCUGGCCAGUAACACCUACGCGGCCCAAAUUCUCCAGGCUUCCCCUAGGCUGUCAUAUAAACAAGAGUCCUCGGACUGGGAGCUAGACGAGCUAGAGAUGACUCUGCAAAGUACCCUCAAACUGCACACCCAACCUGUCUGUCUCUUUAUCGAUGGACUAGAUGAGUUAGACAGACAAGAUGACAACUUCGAUCUCCAAAGGCUUGUCCGGGACACUUUCACAUCCGUACCAGGGCUCAAGAUGUGCGUCUCCAGCCGGCCAGAGCCACUCUGGACUUCCCUGCUACAUGGCGUCCCCUCGAUCAGACUGCAGGACCUAACCCGGAAAGACCACAAGAUCGUGGCGCGAGAGCUAUUAAUACGGUACCACCAAGAUCCUCUCAAGGAUGAGAGCGAAACGACAAUCCAAGGCCUUGUGGACCUACUAGUCGAAAAAGCAGAAGGUGUUUUCCUCUGGCUCCGAUUGGCGCUAAAAAGCUUGCAACGUGGAUUGACUGGCUCAGACAGCUUUCAUGAGCUGCAGAAAAGAAUCGAUGCUCUACCGAGCGAGCUCACUUCUCUCUACACAAGCAUGUGGAGCCGGUUGGGAGAUGACGAGGCCACUUGGCGACGGGAGGCUGCCCUAUACUUUCACCUCGUUCUCCAAUUUCCCGGGGACCUUGCAAUUAAAUCUAACGACGGCAUGUCCGAUGGCUGCGAGCAUAUGGUACCGACUACCUUCUACUUGGCGCUUGCUUCGGAUCUCAAGAAGGCCACCGGCUCCUAG